CCUUGAAAACUAUUUAACACAUUGAUCGAGAGAGUUGCCCAGUUGUCGUGCCUAGUUAGAGCUAUUCCCCUAACAUAGGUAUCCACCCCGCGUUUCUAGGUCACAGAUGCCAUCCGCAAGCCUCGCGGCGCAUUCGCUACUCACCAACAACACACCCGGCAGCGUCGCGGCACGCGGACGAUAGCCCUCUCGCUCAAGUCGUAUACCUACCCACCCUUUUACCACCACACGUGUCCGACGAAUCUCUCCCCGCCGCCACGAAGCCCGCCCGGAAUGCCGUAUAACAACACGGCCAUCCCCCCUCGCAAGGAGGCGACGGGGCAGACGCAGCUCCCGCUCUCGCGCGUGAAGAAGAUCAUCGCGCAGGACCAGGACAUCCACAUGUGCUCGAACAACGCGGCCUUCAUCAUCACGCUCGCCACCGAGAUGUUCAUCCAGCACCUCGCAGCCGAGGGCCUCAACACGGCGAAGCUGGAGCGCAAGCCGCGGCGCAACAUCCAGUACAAGGACCUGGCGGGCGCGGUCGCGCGGCACCCGAACCUCGAGUUCCUCGAGGACGUGGUGCCGAAGACGGUGCCGUUCCGGCAGGCCAAGGCGCACGCGCUCGCCGUGCGCGCCCAGCUCAACGGCGGCGGCGGCGGCAGCGGCACUACUGGCGCGGCGGCGCCGCCGCCCCCCGCCGUCGUCGUCGAGGGCGCCCCCGAAGCCGGCAGCGCCGCUGCUGCUGCCGCCCGCAGGCCCCCCGGCGCCAAGAAGCACAAGCCCAGCGGCACCGCGACCCGCUCCGGCCUCAACGGGGCCGGAGGAGGAGGAGGAGGAGGAGGAGGAGGCGGCCCCGGCUCCUUCGUGGGCGCUAGUGGUGCCCGCAUCGUGAGCGACGACGAGAGCCCGGCCGACCCCGCGGACCAGCUGCGCAGCGAGAUGCGGCAGGCGCGAGGGGGCGCCGGCAUAGGAGGAGGAGGAGGAGGCGACGUGCACAUGACCGGGUAGGUCGUCUGAUAGGAGAGGAAGACCGAUCGGGCGGAGAGGUGGGGGUUGCUGGACGGGAGACGGCGACGAGGAGGGCGAGGAAGCGCUGGCUACCGACGAACCAACGGGCGAGGUCUCAUGGGCAAAAGGCGGACACGCCGCUAGUAUAUAAUACGCAUCCGUACAACUCACGAACACCGCUAUGACGAUGAUAACUACCGAGACUGGACGGACGCGCAGUACAAAAGUAAGAGGUCGAUGCUCCUAACUUGAGGGCGGCA